UAAGAUAGCGAAGAGAAAGAGAAAUCUGAGGUGUUGCUCUUUUUUCCUUGGGCGAAUUUUAAGAAGAAAGAAAUGGGAGGCCAAGACCAGCUGUUUCAUGUUAUUCAUAAAGUUCCUCAAGGUCAUUCUCCUUAUGUCAAAGCCAAGCAUGCUCAGCUGGUAGAAAAGGAUCCGGAAGCAGCAAUAGUACUGUUUUGGAGGGCGAUAAAUGCGGGAGAUAGAGUUGAGAGUGCACUGAAAGAUAUGGCGGUGGUGAUGAAGCAGCUCAACCGAUGUGAAGAAGCCAUUGAGGCCAUCAAGUCUUUCAGAGGCCGUUGCUCCAAACAAGCUCAGGAAUCACUUGACAAUGUUCUUAUCGACUUAUACAAGAAAUGUGGGAGAGCAGACGAGCAGAUUGAAUUAUUAAAACGAAAGCUAAGAUUAAUAUACCAGGGGGAGAUCUUCAAUGGAAAACGCACCAAGACCGCACGCUCCCAUGGCAAGAAGUUUCAAGUGUCGGUUCAGCAAGAAAUUUCAAGAUUACUGGGAAACUUGGGGUGGGUUUACAUGCAAAAAUCAAACUACUUGACAGCCGAGGUGGUGUAUCGGAAAGCGCAGAUGAUCGACCGGGAUGCCAACAAGGCCUGCAACUUGGGUCUUUGCCUAAUUAAACAAGGCAGAUACGAUGAUGCGCGGAAUGUGCUCGACGAAAUACUCAAACGAAAAGUUCCGGGUUCGGAAGACAUUAGAGCCAGGAACAGAGCUGCGGAAUUGUUGAUGGAAAUCAGAGCAUUUGAGCCACCGUCAUCGGAAAUAGCAGAAAUUCUGGGACUUGAUGAUGAUUUCGUCAAUGAGCUUGAACCGUUGAUGAAUGAAUGGGCGCCGGUUAGAUCAAAGAGAUUGCCCAUUUUUGAAGAGAUCUCAUCAUUUAGAGAUCAGUUGGCUUGCUAAUACGAUUAAUUAUACUUGUUCAAAUGUAUGGGUUAAUGUAUUUAUGGUUGGAUUAGUUCUUCCA